AUACAAACAAACAAACCCAAGGGAACGUGUCCAUGGCAUCUCCGUCAAUAACAAAGCUGAAAUCUCCAAUGUCCAAUAUAUCAACAUAUAUAGAGCGUUCACACAUAUACACUCAAAACACAAGUGGUCAGUUGAUACCGUCAGAAUCAAAAAAUGGGGAGAAAAGAAGAAGGAGAUGAUGGAGUGGAGAGAAGUGAAGGAGGAGUUGUGUUAGUGAACCCGAAGCCACGAAAGGGAUUUAGUGCCAAGGCAUUAGACUUAUUGGAAAAGGGGAUUGUUAAGUUAGUGCACGAUUCAUCCAAGCCACUUCACUAUCUUCAAGGCAAUUUUGCACCUACUGAUGAAACUCCUCCUCUUAAUGACCUCCUUGUACAUGGCCAUCUUCCGGAGUGCCUUAAUGGUGAAUUUGUUAGAGUUGGUCCAAAUCCAAAGUUUGCUCCGGUUGCUGGAUAUCACUGCAUGAUUCAUGGCUUACGCAUUAAAGAUGGAAAAGCAACGUAUGUCUCACGUUAUGUGAGAACUUCACGUCUAAAGCAAGAAGAGUUCUUUGGUGGAGCUAAGUUUAUGAAGGUUGGAGAUCUUAAAGGGCUGUUUGGUCUGUUCACAGUUUAUAUGCAAAUGCUCAGAGCAAAGCUGAAAGUAUUGGACAUCUCCUAUGGAAAUGGCACAGCUAAUACAGCUUUAGCAUACCACCAUGGGAAGCUUUUGGCACUUUCAGAAGCUGAUAAACCUUAUGCACUUAAAGUUCUAGAGGAUGGAGAUCUUCAAACACUUGGCAUGCUGGAUUAUGACAAAAGAUUGACACAUUCCUUCACGGCCCAUCCAAAAGUUGAUCCUGUAACUGGUGAGAUGUUUACCUUUGGCUACUCUCACGAUCCACCUUACAUCACUUAUAGGGUUAUAUCGAAGGAUGGAAUUAUGCAGGACCCGGUUCCAAUAACAAUACCAGAGCCUAUCAUGAUGCAUGAUUUUGCUAUUACUGAAAAUUAUGCAAUCAUGAUGGAUCUUCCUUUGUGUUUUCGUCCGAAGGAAAUGGUGAAAAACAAUAAGCUGGCAUUUACCUUUGAUGCUACUAAAAAGGCUCGAUUUGGAGUCCUUGCACGAUAUGCAAACAAUGAGGCCCUAAUCAAGUGGUUUGAGCUUCCUAAUUGCUUCAUAUUCCAUAAUGCCAACGCUUGGGAGGAGGGAGAUGAAGUUGUGCUGAUCACCUGCCGCCUUAUGAAUCCAGACCUAGACUUGGUCAAUGGAGCCGUUAAAGAAAAGCUUGAGAAUUUCUGCAAUGAGCUAUAUGAAAUGAGAUUUAACAUGAAGAGUGGUGCAGCUUCACAGAAGAAACUAUCGGAGUCUGCUGUUGAUUUUCCAAGGAUCAAUGAGAACUACACUGGCAGGAAGCAGCGUUAUGUAUAUGGAACCACUUUGAACAGCAUUGCUAAGGUAACUGGAAUCAUCAAAUUUGAUUUGCAUGCUGAACCAAAGACUGGAAAAUCACAGCUUGAAGUUGGAGGAAAUGUUCAAGGCAUAUUUGAUCUUGGACCUGGCAGAUUUGGUUCGGAGGCUGUAUUUGUUCCUAGUCAGCCUGAUACAGAAUGUGAAGAGGACGAUGGCUUCUUGAUAUUCUUUGUACAUGAUGAGAACACUGGAAAGUCAGCUGUGAAUGUAAUUGAUGCAAAAACAAUGUCCGCGGAGCCUGUGGCAGUAGUUGAAUUGCCAAAAAGAGUUCCUUAUGGAUUCCAUGCUUUCUUUGUCACAGAGGAACAAAUUCUGGAACAAGCCAAACUGUGAUGGUGAUCAGCGACCUAUACACCCCGAUAUGCCAUAUCCACAUCUACGUUGCUGUCUGAAAUAGCUACUGGAUAUUUGGUUGCGCAUAACUUGAAAACAUAUUAAAUGUACGGAUGUACAGUGUAAUUUCAGUCUCUACUGAUGGCAUCUAUCAGUUAUCAGAAACCAAUUAGACCUGCAAACAUUUGUCAGAAAAAAGGUAUUGUGGCUCAGCAGAGAGCAAACACUUGGUCGAAUAUCAACUCUUCUAGAUAUUUUUUCAACAUGCAAAUGUUCUUAUUAGUCACUUGAUAUGUAAUACAAUCCCAGAAAAUUAUCAAAUUCUAGAAUCUGGUUGGCGCAAUAACAUAGAAGUUUAUAUUGUUAUUA